UUAGUCUUGGUAAAGAAUAAAUACAUUUUCUAAAGGCAGUCUGAAGCUUUCAAACAUAUUUACUCGAGGUCUGCAAGUAACAUGAAUUCAGCAACUGUUACCUCCCUUUGCAAUUAACAGUUUCCGGGUCAAAUCGAAAGCAAGAUGGCAGCGGAAGGGGGCACACGUGAAGGGAACUCGGGUUUUACCCGACGUCAUUUCGAAUACGUUCACUCUACGAGACGACCCGAUCGAAAAACGAUGACAGGAAAGAAACCCAUACCAGAACCAACACAUGUUGGUCACUUCGCGGUAAUGCUUGUCAUGAAAAUUUGCCGAGCCGUGCUGCUGAUAGACACGUCAGUGAAGAUUGGUGUUUAUCUCAUCGGGGUAAUGGUCGGAUCUGUCCUGUGCGAUUUGUUUGCAUUCCCCAGAUCAUUCUUUUCUAACAGAAGAAACUUCUUCAAUAUCUUUUUCGUCAAGAUGGGAUGGGGAUGGACCUUCUCGCUUCUUCUCGUAUUCAUUUUCCUGACGAGUUCUGUGUACUGUUGUGGACGAUGGAAUGAAGUCAAACGACACAUUAUGCGGCUUGGUGUUGGAACCUUCUGGUGGUACCUCUGCACGAAAUCUUUUGAGGUGAUCGACAGCACUGUCGGCCAAUGUACCAAGCCUGAAAUAAACAGUAAAAUCGAGUGUCUUCGAUCAGGAAGAGAAUGGAUUGGAUUAGAUAUAUCUGGACAUGUUUUUCUUUUGAUACACUGUUUGUUGACUAUAUCUGAAGAAGUUAAGGUGUUCAAGAACUGGAGGAAGAUCGGAGAAUUGCUAUAUGAUGACGAACUGAAGGAUAAAAGGAAAGUAACAGAUGAAGAUAUAUCAAGAGGAAGAUUUUCACUAAAAUCUCACACUCCAAUUAUUAAAGCAGUUAUUGCUGGUCUCGCACUUAUUGUUAUAUUGUGGGAAUUUAUGUUGUUAGUGAGUGUUAUUUAUAGAUUCCACACACUUCCUCAGAAGAUUGUUGCAGCAUUCAUCGCUGUUUUAUGUUGGUUUGUAAGCUACAGAAUAUUGUUUAGGAGUAAAAUUCCUUGGCUGCCACCUCAACCAGGAGAUUCGUCCCUGAGUUACAUGAAACUUGUUUAAUGUGAAACAGGAGUCAUGGUAUCCAGAAAAAAUUACAUAUACAUUAUUCCAUAUUUAUACUAUCAACACUUACCAUUCUUACAACAUGUUAAAAUGUCUUUUUCUACAUCAAUGCAAAAUGGUGUGAGAUUCGUUCAUCUUAGCCAAUACCAGUUGUGUGCAUGAUUUUUUGCUACACGAAGUAAUUAUGUUUAUUUUAUAGAAGUGAGUGAUGUUUAAACACAGAUAUUACACACAUGAUAUUAUUUUGGGGACUUCCAUCAAUUUCCUCAGAUUGCCAAUAUUAUUUCCUCAGGCACCAUUUUGCAAGUUGCUUUGUCAUCUUGACCAAACAAAUCCUUACCUACAAUGCUAGAAGUUGUGUUCCAGGAAGAUUAUGUUUUCGAUUCACAUAUUGUGCACACACCUUUAGAAGUUUAUGUUGCUUAUGUAUUAUAGUAGUGCAACAUACCUGAACAUGAUGAAAUACAGGGAAAUAUUACACCAUGUUUUCACCAUGUUCAUAUUGUGUGAUGUUUAUUUAUAUAUUAAUUUAUAUAUGCUUUAUAUAGGUUUCAUUGAUUGUAGAUGUAUCAUGAUAAUUGAGGGGCGUCUUUCAUUUAUUUACAAUGUUUACAUCAAUAAUAUGAUGGUAAUUAUUAUUAUCAUAUCAUUAACAAAGAUGUAAAUUAGCGAAGCCUUUUCACUCUUAAUCAUUGCAACUCUCAAGUGUUUUUCUAGUAGAGGCAAUGUGAGCAUUUUGGUGUUAAGGAGUUUAAACAUGUUGAACAAUGUGAGCCAUGCAGGUGUAGAUAUUCACUACCAAUCUCUGUUUACUUUGGAUACUAGUUUAAACAUUGUAGCCUCCCACUCAGUUAAUGAGGGUGUGUCAAGCUGGACUGGUGACUCAUGUACUGAUGUACUCAUCACUGAACAUCAGGCUGACACAGUUAGGUUUAUAUAGCAUGAUUGUACAUGUUGUAUGGUACAUACAAACAUGGCAAAAGAGUGCAUUUGAUUGCCUAUGCCACUCAACAUUCAUUCAACAUCUCAUGUGUUCAUUGUGUGUGGUAUCAGUACAUUUGGGAUUUUCUUAUUUAUUGUUGGCAAUGGUCUUGGUAAUAACUGAAUGUUAAAGCAAAAAGAUUUUCCUAUUUAAGCCCAUUCAAAAUAGUAGAGGUAGUUUGGUUUUAGAUUUUGCUUAACACUUUUUCUUUUUGUUUUGAAAAAUAGUAACUGUCUUCAUCUGCUUAAUUGAGAUAAUGACUUGUUUAUGUUGAGCUGAAAAUUAUUUAUGCCAGAGGAAUAUAAAUUGGAAAAUUCUCGAUUGAUAAAUGCUGCGGUUAACAGAAGAAAAACGAGAAAAGGUUUAUGUUUGUUAAAACUGGUCAGAAAAGCUGAAACGUUACACAUUUUGUUGGGUGCCCAUGGUCUCAAGUUUGCAACUUUGGUUGAUGAAGAUCAGUUGGACAGUUUUAUGUUGUGUAGUUGAGUAGUAGUUUCCUGUUUUAAAUGUUCUCGGAAUAGUUGUAAAAAAUUAUAAUGUGAUAUAUUGCUAAUUAUUGUACUAUUAAUGAACAGAUUUUAUGUUACUAUUAUUUAAAUCAUAAAUGUAUGAAUCAUCCUAGUCAUUUUAACUCUUGAUGUGAAUGGAAUGAAGUAAUGUGAAUGCAGAUGGAUGGUCAACCUGAUGCUGAAACUUGCCUGUGUUUGCUGUUUGAUAAUUCCUUGCAUCAUUAUUAUCUUAUAUAUUUCAUAUUGUAUUAAGUUGUUAAUACUUGUAAUGUCAUGGAAUAAUUCUGUCAGUACAUAAACUUGGAGUAAAUGGACAGAUUAUCAGAUAAUGGAAUGUAAAUGGACAGAUUAUCAGAUAAUGGAAUAUGAGUGUGAUAUAAAAUGAUAAUGAGUUAGUAUAAUAAUAUAUCACACAAUGUAGUUGUUAACAUAGUCUGUGAUACAGACCCUGAAGCAGACAUAUCCAAGAAAGCCCAUGCAAGUCUAGAAAAUGGGCCCAGUCUGGAUUUCCAGUUUCUGAACAUGAAGCAAGUCUCAGGGCUCCUUUUCAUUAUAUAUUUUUUUUUUUUUUUACUUUUUUUUUCUUUCUAUAAAAUAUGUUGAUUUCAGAGACAAGGUGUUAGUCUAGUGUUAACAUUACCAUGACUUCUGUGUUCAUCCCCCUUAUAUUGCCGCUGGAAUGUUGCUGAGUGCGGCGUGAAACUAAACUCACUCACUCACUUAUGUUGUCGACUCUCCAACAAGCAUCCCUCUCAGAAGUCUGGGUAGGGUAAGGAGGGAGAUUCAUGCACUUCAUGCAGUUUGGUUAAGUACUGGUAUAAAGUUUGCCUCUCACAUUCUAACAGGAUUGUUUUGUUCGAAUCAGACAUGGUCCAGUCAAGUGUAAUGUCUAUUUUAGUUUUAAACACAUGAUAACCAACAUGGUCAAAGCAAUGUAUAACAUUAGCAAAAAGUUUAUUUGAAUGUAAUAUGUAACUGGUAGUAGGCUUUGAGCCAAAGAAACUACAGAGGUACAAUGAUGGCAUUUAGAUUUGCUUCCGGUGUCUGACUGUUUUUUGGUACAAAACCAGAAAUGUGGUGCUUUCGUGUGGAUUGGUUAUUUGUUUUUCAUGUGUCAAUGUCUGAGCACAAUCACUAUUUGUUUUUUUCAAGGCAUUUCGUGCUAUAAAUGACAGAAUACCUGGAUGCAGAUUACAUAGUUUAUACUUUUUAAAGAAAAUGUUCUGUGCAAUGAACUUUGUCAUGUUUUACUAAAACAGUGUCCCCAAAAAUAGAAACACAUUCAGAUUACGUGUUCUGCAAUCACAUGACGUAUCUUACAUGUCUGUAGAUUUUCAAAAUAGAAUCGUUAUCUCGUGUACUUCUUACUGCUGUAAGCUGUGUAAUAUGUACAUUACUUAAAAGUUAAAAGAACACCUGAAGUUUUUGUAGGACCGAAGUCUGUCAAUCAUUUCCGUGACCGAUUUACUGCUGUCUUAUGAAAAAAUCGGGUGUUUGUUGACUCCUUAACCUUGUUCCUGUAGUAUAUAUGUAUGUAUCCAGGGUUUACCGUGGCUCACAAACAUGGGAGUCCCUGAGACUCACAAUUAUUAGUUCUAAGGGUCCUUACAGACAACAUGAGAUUCCUGUGAAGGAAUGGUGUAGAGUACUGUACAUUUUGAUGAUUUCUUUAGAGCCUGGAAUGAAUCCUUGAUCAUGUGGACUGAUGGGUGAAAUGAUGCACGUAACUGCUCUGAAAUAAACAACCAAACACUUAGCAAAGUCAUGGAUGUGUUGUGAAUACAGUGAAUAAUAUUUUGCGUCUCGCUAGAUGCAGUGAAUUCUUUUUGUGUCCAUUCUCUACAUUUGUACGUACUGGAUGCAUAUUUGUGUGUCGCGUAAAACCCUCUGUAUAUGUAACAUCACUGGACUUUCAAGAAAAGAUGCUGAGACUUGCCUGACUCUUUCAAUUUGAAACAGUUGUCUGGGGACACUGCUGAAGUAGGUGGGCUGUUUUCAUUGGUUUGCUUUAGAACAGUGAAGUUUCAUUUAUGUGGGUUUACCGUUCGAUUUUACCAGGUCCUGUUAAACAUGUUUCAUGAUGAUUGAAACUGAUUUUGUGAAACUAGUGGGUUACUUUUAACAAGGUUGCUUCAGUUGUUUGGUGUUCCUUCAGCUACUUCCCUUUACAAAGUUCCACGUGCAAUGAUUGAUUUAAUCCCUUUGAAAUAAAACCAAAGUUGUGA